AUGGGGAAUUGCGUGUCAAAGAAGGCGCAAGGAAGGCAGCUUGGUGAUUCAACAACGGAUGCUAAGGGCGAUGAUAAUAAGAAAGUAAAUGACUCAAAUAACUUAUCAAACAACGCGUCAAAAAGCCCAAAUAGGGAGCUUGCAGCCAACGCAGCAGAAGAGAGGAUCAAAGCGAGUGAGUCUAGGGGUGGAAGUGGAUCAAUGUCAAUGAAGCUUCAACAAUCAAGACGCAAUUCAAAGCCAACAAUACCACCAAUUUCAAAAUCUGAACCGCUAGUUUUGCACAGAUUCUUAGACGUAUUUGGUGUCUAUGUCACUCUCAUCUCACUCCCCUCAAUCGGUCGUGACUUGGAUAUCAACAGUGCGACGCAAAAUUGGAUCGUGAACGGCUAUCUUGUCGCAUUCGCCUCUUUCCUUCUCUUUGCUGGAUUACUUAGUGAUCGAUUCUCUCCGAGAAUCAUAUUCACUGUAGGUCUCGCCGUCCUCGGUAUCCUAUCACUAGUCGCCCCUUUUUGCGACAAUGCGAUUGGUUUGAUUGUACUUAAAUCAGUCUCGGGAGUCGGUGCAUCUGUCACAAUUCCCUCUGCUAUCAAACUGAUUACUCAAAUGUACACGGAUAUCGAAUCUCAAGCAAAAGCACUCGGUGUUUUCUGCGCAACGGGUGGCUUGGCGAAUGUUAUCGGCACAAUUGUCGGUGGCUGUCUCACACAAGCUGACUGGAGGUGGUGUUUCUGGAUACUCGCUAUUAUAGCUCUACCCUUAUCUCCCAUUUCAUUCUUUCUAACACCGCGCGAAAAAGUACUAUACCAUCCAGGUGGUCGUAUAGAUGUACUCUCAGUACUGCAACUUAUAGUAGGCGUAGUAUUACUCAUAUUUGCAUUGACCAGUGGAAAUAACGUUGGUUGGGGCACUGCGCAAGUCAUAGCACCACUCAUUAUCUCGAUCAUCUCUUUCGUUGUUUUUGGUUGGUGGCAAACCCGCGUAGAUCAGAGUUCAGCUCUUCUCCCUAAACGCCUUUGGAAAUAUCCCGGUUUCACCGUCUUGUUUGGUGUUUGUUUUCUCAUCACGCUUUGGUGGACUACUACACUGGAAUCUCUCACUAGAAUUUACAUCGAUGUUUGGGAUUUUGAACCUUUAGACGCUGUCGUACAUUUUAUUCCUUUCGGCAUCUCUUCUGUCAUUUGCUCAGUAGUGGUGGCUUAUCUGCUUCGCUACAUUAACAUAAAAGCUACGCUUCUGUUCGGUUUCAUUGCUUCCACUACUGGUGCGAUUGUUUUGGGCUUUGGUGAUGAUAUCAGCAAAUUUUGGAGAUUGCAGGUACCUGGUAUGGUAGUCGGUAGCGGUGGAGCUGCUAUCCUCUACUGCGCAUCUAACGUCGCUAUGAUACAAUCAGCACCCGAUUCAGAAUCUGGUUUGGUUGGGGGUGUCUUCGUCACUGCUCAGCAACUCGGUUCAGCUAUUGGUAUUAGUUUGUUCACUGUAGUGCAGUUGCAGGUGGAUAGGAGGGACACUUCUAACAAUCAAUUUAUUGGAACUUCCGCUGGAGAUUGGUUCUUGGCUGGUUUGCACUUUUGCGGACUUUUGUUCAUUCUCUUCCUCUUGCCUUGGAAAGUCGGCGCUAUUGAAAAUGAAACGGAUGAGGAGGUCGCAGAGAAAACUAGCCAUAUUGAGAAAAGAGAUAGUGAGGAGGAUGUUAAGGAUGGUGUUAAGGAGGACGUUAAGGAUGAUACAAAGGAUGGCAAGAACAGUGUCAACAAGGAAACAGCAUAG